CAAGUAUCACGGCCACGAACGUAUCAAACCCCAAAAGUUCCCUCCCCGCCAUACUAGAGCCCAAAAUCGAAACAAGCAAAGGCAGCAGUCCACAGUCUUUGCUCCAGCUGCCCUACAUGAUUUGGCGGUAGUCGUUACUUUCCUCCUCAAACAGGACAAACACACCUUCAUCUGCCCUGCACGAGUCGUUCACGUGAGCAAACAUUCAGUAUGCCUAAUGUAGGUAAGCCAUCGAAGGGAUGUAAGAACUGCAGGGAGCGCAAAGUCAAAUGCGAUCAGAAGCGACCAUCGUGCUCGCAAUGUCUAAGGACUGGAAGAGAAUGCCAUGGCUACAGGGACCCGUUGACCAUGAUGUUUCGAAAUGAAAGUGACGUGGUUGCUCGGAAAGCGCAAAACAGAUAUGAAAUGCUGUCGAGGAAGUCAAAAAAGCCGACAUAUAGCGGCGAGCAUCGGGGUUCCGAUUCAAGCUCAUCAUCAUCAUCUUCUUCUUCUUCGACGUUCUCAUCGUCAUCGACUUCAUCGUCAUCGUCAAGUCAUUCCCAAUGGUCCUCUCGAUCAAGUUUGCGGAAAUCUGAGCAGCGAAUAGUGCCAAUGAAGGCACGUUCUGAGAACCCUCUUGCCCUCACCUAUGCGGCGGUCCCGUCCAUCGAGGACCAGGGGAUGAGUUUCUUCCUCGCCAACUUUGUCCAGACUCCAACUUUCGUUCCUCGAGGAAAUUUCGAUUUCAUGCUGGAGCUGCUGGACAGGCCAGACACCACAUUAGCUCUGCGGACAAGUGUAACCGCAGCAGGCUUGGCCAGCCUCGCCAUCACGACCAAGAACCCUGAGGUCACGAAGCGAGCACAGCAGGAAUACGUAAGUGCGCUGAACCUCACGAACAAAGCCUUACAGCGAACAUCAACGGCCACAACCAACAGCACGCUGGUGUCCGUCAUCCUCCUCGGCAUGUACGAGAAUUUCAUGCACAACGAGCAUGGGUCACUCGCGUCGUGGGCGAAGCAUGUCAAAGGCGCAUGCACGCUCAUGGACCUGCGCGGACCCGAACAGCUACGCGACGACGUCGGUCUACGUAUCUUCCAGCAAUUCUACGGAACCAUUCUCCUGGUGUCCCUGGAGACCGGCAUGCCCAUCCCAGAACCAAUUAUCGAGCUGCGGAAAGAGGCAGUCAACAUUGCCGACUACAGCGUAUUCGGAAAAUCCUGGACGACCAAGAUGGUAGGCUUCAUGGCGCGGGCCAUCACACUGACACAAGUGACCACGAAGACCCCCCCCGAGAUGCUCAACGACGCCCUAGAACUCGACCGCGAGCUCGACCACCUGAAGACCCUUAUCCCGAACAUCUGGCUAUACGAGACAGUCUACCUCGACGAACCAGACGAGUACUGCUACACCGACCACUACCACAUCUACCUCGACCCCUGGGUCGCCCAAAUGCUCAACAACCUCCGCUCCUGCCGCCUCCUCCUCCACGGCGCAAUCUACACCUCCCUCCGCAAGGGCCUCGCACACACUCCCCCGCUCUUCACCCCCGAAUACGCGGCCUCGCAAUCCAAAGCGUCCCUCCAAGUCCUGCGAGCCGGGUCCGCAGGCAUCUGCGCCGCGACCCCGCAAAUCAUUGGGCAGCUCCCGUUCCCGACGCUCAACCCCGCCGAAGCAAGCGAGGCGACCCACCCGUCCGACCUCAUCGACGCCAAAGACCCAAAGUAUCGUCUCCAGCCCCCGGGCACGUUCGCCAACGUCGCGAAGCCGACGGGGAUAUACCACCUCAUAUGGCCGCUGUACGCGAUCGGCGCGGCGGAGCUGUCGCCGCCGGACCUGACGGCGUGGACGAUCAAGGUGUUGUACUUUAUUGCGCUGAAGAUCGGGAUGAGGCAGGCGGUUGCGCUGGCGGACGAGCUGAGUGAGAAGUUGAAGCGCGGCGUUGUGAUUGAGGCGGCGGAGGAUUCGGCGUCGAAUUUGCCGUCGUAUCAGUUUGGGAAGAAUAUGCCUGAGAGUUGAUGAGGGGGUUUUGGGUGAUGCGAAGGGGGGAGAGGAAAAUAGGAAAGGCAGGGCUAGGGAACCCGGAAAUGGAGAUGCGAAGCGCUGGGUACCUACCAGCGAAAAUAGGCCGUUGGAGAAGAGAGCGGGUGGUCCCGAAAUACGAGUACUCGUGCUCUAGUGUUGCGGAGACCUCCUGUCAAAGUAACGCCACUGGUCUGUCUUGCCUGCGGCAUCAUGGCGAUCGACCCGUCGGCGGAGUCGCCGUUGUUAUUUGGGGAGCAUGAGCCAGUGGAAAGGUUACUUGGCUUGGACAUUUACUUCUUCUAUAUAACAUUACCUCACAACAUACAUAUCUAGAACAAGAUCUAUAACGGCCAUUAAUACUAUCCCAGAGAUAAUGCGGGCAGCCCAAGUAGAAAAGAGAG